UCGGGAAUCGGGAGUCGGGAGCUGAGUGAAGCCGAGUCGAGUCGAGUUGAGCGGACGCCGAGUGCGGGAGGAAAGAGGAACGCGACUCGAGCGACUGGUAGUUAUGAGGAGCCGCGACGGCGAGGCCCACCUCCAGGCCGUUGGCCCGCUCCUCUGAUCGUGGCAGCGCGUCUGCGCGCGGAGCGGAUACAGCCGAUCUCGGAGGCAGCCGACGAGGUACGCGCACCGGGUGAUAAAUAGUCCAGGGCCGCGCGCCGCGCGCGACUCCAGCCAGCUCCGGACGGCGGCGUUGCGCCGUGACACGUAGUCGUCGGUUCGCGCGCAAGUUAUCUGCUUGCCCUCCGUGCACAUGCUGCUGCGGUGCGAGCCACGGGAGGCUGGAUGUCGGCGAGCCACGGGGAAGACGAUGCAACAGCGUCAACGACGACGACGCCUCCGUCAUCGACGUUUCUCGGGCAGCAGCGACAGCGGCGGCAGCAGAAGUGCCGAGCGAGAUUUGAGUGAUACCAAGUGACAAUAAAUAUGGACAGCCUGCGGCCGCUGAUAACGAAGAUGGAUGUUAUCCGUGCAGCCGAGGUUCUGCCCCUGUUACAGGAGCGUCUGGCCAUAUUACCGGGCGGACGCGACCGUCGCGGGGGCCUCCUUCUGCUGUUCCCGACGACGGCGAGACGCGAGCGAGCCAAACCUGAGGACUACCGACGACUCCUUCAGUACCUAUUGGCCAUUCCCAACGACGAGGACCGAGGUUUGCGUUUCACCGUUGUCGUUGACAUGCGCGGCACCACCUGGGACUCCGUCAAGCCUAUACUCAAGGUACUGCACGACCACUUCCACCACUCUGUCUACAUAGCCUUCCUGAUAAAGCCGGAGAACUUUUGGCAGAAACAAAGGACUUCGUUGGCCAAACAGAAGAAGUACAACUUUGAGAUUAAUACAGUAAAUUUCGAAGCGCUAGUUAGAAAUAUAGACCCUUCGCAAUUAACUACAGACUUGGAUGGCUCUCUUCAGUACGACCAUGCCCAGUGGAUUGAUAUUCGUGUAGCUGUAGAAGACUUCACUUGGCAGGUCAGUGACCUACUCGAUAGACUAGAUGAUUUACAAGAGGAUCUUAGUCGUAAUGAUUUCGCUGACGAUGUCGGAGGAGCGAAGCAUGGCAUAGAUCUUCAUAACGACAUGAAGAAGAAAAUAAUGAAAGUUCCAGUUGAAGAUGUUGGAGUUGUCGGCAAUCGUCUCUUACAACGUUUCAACAUAAAUGUAAAUGGUAGUGAUGAGAGUGGUAGUGUAGAAUCAGGAGCAACGGGUGGAUCAGAGUCCGACGGCAGAGACAUAGCAAACCUCGUCAUACAGCAUCUCGACUCUGUCAACGCUGCCCAACAGCAUUUAUUGCAAUUAUGGCAUAUUAAAAAAAUUAAGCUUGAACAAUGUUUCCAGCUAAGGUUAUUUGAACAAGAUUGUGAAAAAAUGUUUGAAUGGAUAUGCCAUAAUCGCGAGAACUUUUUAGCUAAUUACGUAGAAAUUGGACGGUCCUACCAACUAGCGAAGAGUCUUCAGGAGGAGCAUAAACAUUUCGCCAUGAAUUCAAUGAAUAUGUACGUAAAUAUCAACAAAAUCCUGACGAUGGCGGGCCGUCUCCUCGAGACUCAGCAUUAUGCGGCAGGCCAUGUGCGCGCUGUAGCCGGUCGCCUCGAUCGCGCUUGGAAAGAAUUUGCUGCGGGUCUGGAUGAACGUACGGCUGUUUUGGGACUGAGCGUUGUGUUCCAUCACAAGGCCGAGCAAUACGUGGACAGUGUAACUGGUUGGAGUCAGGCUUGUGAUGCCACCAAUCUACCUAGCGAGAUACCGGUUCUCGAGUUGCAUAUCAGACAACAUCAGACACUGUACGAAGCCAUGUGCCAGGCUUACACAGAGGUUCAUAGUACCAGUAAGAAGCUUCUUUACCAGCUGGAUCAUCUUGUGCAAGUCUGUAACCAACCCCAGGGGAUAGAUCACGCGACAAGAAAACACAGUCAAGACGGCCACGGAAUGGAUGGACGAGGUGGGAUGAGUGGAAAUCCAGCUGCGGACUACAGUGAGGGCGCCUCGCACGUGCUCGCAGUCAUUCACCAGAUACUGGGCCAUCAUCGGGCCCUCGAGGCUCGCUGGCACGCGAGGAAGAUCAAGCUGCACCAGAGACUGGCUCUGAGAUUGUUUCAAGAAGACGUCAAGCAGGUGUUGGACUGGCUUACGAACCACGGUGAGGUUUUCAUCCGUAAGAACACGGGGGUCGGUCGUAAUCUGCAAAAGGCUCGGGUAUAUCAGAAGAGUCACGAGCACUUUGAGAACGUUGCGCAGAAUACUUACACGAAUGCCUCGAAGUUGUUGACUGCGGCGGAGGAGCUCGCGCAUACGGGCGAAUGUGCCCCGGAUGAGAUAUACGCGGUGGCCCAGGAACUCGAGGCUCACGUCAGUAGCUUUGCAGCGAGAGUCGAGCAGCGCAGACGUAGGCUAGAUCUCGCAGUCGUCUUUUACACACACGAGAAAGAGCUGUCGGGUUGGGUCGAUGAGCUCCGCCAGGAGCUGCAGCAGGAUGAAGUCGCGGAAAGUCUGGAGACGGCCGAAAGGCUCCUAGAACAAUGUGCCCAACAUAGAACUUCCUGCCUCGAAGCGUGUGCCUCGACUAUUGCCCAAGGUGAAGCACUGUUGCAAGAGUUGCGCGAUUCCACUGAAAUGCCCGACACCACCGGCUCCAUUGCAGCGGUAGAAGCGGCUCUCGAUAGACUAUCAGGGUUGCGUCAGGAGCUUGAGGACCUGUGGGCGACGCGUAAACUUCGCCUCGAGCUGUGCCUACGAUUGAGAGUAUUCGAACGUGACGCCCUGGAAGCAAGCGGAGAGCUGGAAAUGUGGGCACAAGAAUUGCAGAAUCCACCACGGGAAGGUUCGCCAGAACAGCUUCUUCGUGUUCAUAAUGAUGGGGUUGCUCAGAUGCAGAACACGGCAUUCCAGGUGCUACAACAGGGCCAAGAGCUCGCACAGGUUCUCGAUCAGGCGGGGGUUUGCAUUAUGGCCGACGGUCAGCAUACGGCGUCGAAUCGCGUUCAGAUUCUCUUGGAGUUUUUAAAUGAACGCGAGAUGGAUGCGGAAGAUCUGGCGGAGAUGAGACGUGUACGACUCGAGCAAUCGGCCCAGUUGGUGCAGCUGCAGCAGGAUGCGACACAUGUCGCCAAUUGGAUCAGGAAUGGUGAGACGAUGCUACUGGCUUCGUUGCGUAUACCGGAAAAUCUCCAAGACGCCGAGCAAUUGAGACACGAACACGAGCAGUUUCAAGUUGCAAUUGAGAAAACCCAUACGUCAGCCGUGCAGGUGAAGCACAGAGCGGACGCACUGGUGAGCGCCAACCACUACGACCCGAAGAGCAUACGUGACGUAGCUGAAGACGUGACGAAGAGGUGGCAGCAGUUGGUGACGUGCGCGGAAGAGAGGCAUAAGCUCGUUACCGCAAGCAUAAACUUUUACAAGACAGCGGAACAGGUGCGUUCGGUUCUGGACAGCCUCGAGCGUGAGUACAAGCGCGAUGAGGACUGGUGUAUGGGUGGCGAAAAAGCAAGUCAAGUACCAACGUUAGUGAGCAAACAUCAGGAACAGAAGGAGGCAUUCCUUAAAGCGUGCACUUUGGUGAGGCGGACAGCGGAGACAUUCCUCAAGUACACCAAUCGUAGCUUACAGUUUUACAGUUAUCAGAUCACUGGUGCUACUUCCGAAAAUAAAGUCAAAAGCAUUCUGGAAGAACUUCUGAGUAAGGAGAACAAAGUCCUUGAAUACUGGACUCAACGUAAAAAGCGGCUGGACCAAUGCCAUCAGUAUGUAUUAUUUGAACGUAGUGCCAAACAGGCUCUCGAGUGGAUCAGUGAAACCGGCGAACUUUAUCUUGUUACACACGCCAGUGCGGGUCGAAAUCGCGCUGAGAAUGAACAAUUACUUCAUGAACAUGAUUUUAAGGGAGCAGCUAAGGAAACUCGUGAAAGAGUCAAACUUUUAAUUCAAUUGGCCGAUAAUCUUGUGGAAAAAGGCCAUGCUCAUGCAACAGCAAUUAAACAGUCGGUUGCUGAAGUGGACCAGAGAUACAAGGACUUUAGUAUGCGACUCGACUGUUAUAAAGCGACAAUAGAGGAUGAUCUUGGAAUACAGUCGGAUGAAGGACCGAAGGAAAUAACAAUCGAUAGGAAUUCCGAUCCGCUUUUAGAAGAGAAAAUCAAGGGAAAAGAUAUAAAAGAGCUGAAUGAAGAAAAACGUAGAUCUGCUAGACGGAAAGAGUUUAUAAUGGCUGAACUGUUGCAAACGGAAAGAACUUAUGUUAAGGAUUUAGAAACUUGCAUCAAAUGUUUUCUUGAUGAAACGAGACAAGGUAAAAAUAAUGUACCUCAAGGUCUUCAAGGUCGUGAAUCAAUCAUAUUUAGCAACAUGGAAGAAAUUCAUCGGUUUCAUUGUGACAUUUUUCUUCGUGAAUUAGAAAAAUACGAGACAAUGCCAGAAGAUGUCGGUCAUUGUUUUGUUACAUGGGCCGCUAAAUUUGAUAUGUACGUUACGUACUGCAAAAAUAAACCAGAAAGCAAUCAGUUGUUAGUUACACAUAGCGGUACAUGGUUUGAAGAUUUACAAAGAAGACACAGAGUUGAGCAUCCAAUCGCAGCUUAUUUAAUUAAACCUGUGCAGAGAAUUACAAAAUAUCAGCUUUUACUUAAAGACCUACAGGCCUGUUGCCAGGAAGGUCAAGGAGAAAUCAAAGAUGGUCUGGAAGUUAUGCUGAAUGUGCCUAAAAAAGCAAACGAUGCCUUACAUUUGAGUAUGUUAGAAGGCUGUGAUGUCAGAAUAGAUACACUUGGUGAUGUAGUUUUACAGGAUCCUUUCACAGUUUGGGAUCCCAAGCAAUUAAUAAGAAAAGGUAGAGAGAGACACAUUUUCCUUUUCGAGCUGUAUUUACUCUUCAGUAAAGAAGUUAAGGAUUCUGCUGGCAAAGUGAAGUACAUAUAUAAAAGUCGCUUAAUGACAUCAGAGCUCGGUGUAACAGAGCACAUCGAAGGUGAUGAAUGCAAAUUUGCGGUUUGGACGGGCAGAGCGCCGACGAGCGAUACACGUGUCGUUUUGCGCUCUAACUCCUUAGAGUCGAAGCAGCUAUGGGUGAAACGACUUCGUGAAGUUAUUCAAGAGACGUACUUUAGUCUGAGCAUGCCCAAGAGCCCGGCGAAGAAGAGCUCGAGUCAACGGUCAAGUAGGGAUCUCGAGGAGUGUGCUUCGCUCGACGAUAGUGUAGAAAAUCUGGAUAGAAAUUCACUUGCGUCCUUCGGAUCUACAAAUACUACCGAUUCUGAUAAGACUGGCGUUGCGGAGAUGACGUGGGUGGUGGCUGACCAUUUGGCAGCGCCGGGCUCGCGAGAACUCAGCGUAUCCAAGGGUCAGCAGGUUGAGGUCUUGGAGAACGGUGGCGUUGGCGUUGGAAGCAAUGGCGAGUGGACCCUGGUGAGGCUACCCUCGGCCCCAGGUCAGUCGGAGCCGCCGCCCGAGGGCCUUGUACCGACCAGCGCCCUGAAGCAGCCACCCGCAGCCGCCUGUAAAACCUCACCCUCGAGGAAACCUCCUAUCUCGCAGACACCGAGCAACAUCAUUCAGCAAACGUCCAUCAGCGCCGAGGACGAAAUCAUUGGAGGUGACGGAUGUGGAUCCGCCAAUACAAGCUCACCAGGCAACAAGAGACGCGGCUUCAGUGGACGAAAGUGGCUGCCGCCGCCGCUGCGCAAGCUCAGUCAGAGUAAGGUCGACAAGUCUUCGGAGCGGCCGCCCCCGCCGCCACCGCCGCCCCCGCCCACAUCGGCGAAGAAGAGCGGCCUCGACAAGCUUUUCAAGCUGCCGAGCUCCGGCUCGAGCGACAAGUCCCAGGCAUCGAGCAGCGGAGGCUCGGCCUCGAGAGCCGCACCAGCUGGCGCCACAUCGCGCCAGGGCAGCGCUGAGGAGGAGAUCACCGGCACCGGCCCCGAGGACGCCGAGGAGGCGAGGCCUCUCAGCCAGCAGAACGGCGCCGAGGACGCCGAGGACGAGCAGCUAGAGCUGCCGCCGCCCAUGAAACCCAUCACCGAGCCGAUACUAGUCGCGGGCACAGCCGCGGCCGCGACUUCCGCCAAUAGCGAUGAGCUGCCCGGGAAGCUGGUGACCGAGUGCUCGAUCAAGUCGCUCGACGGGGACACGAACGCCGACCUCGCCGAGAUCGAGCAGAUAGUGAAGGAGCGAAUGGAGCAGCACACGGAGAAUCGCGAGCGCAACAGCGGCGGGGGCACGGUCGGGACGCAGGCCCGAACCCCGGUGAAAUCGAGUGGCCCAGCGAUGACGAUGACAGCGACGGGCGCAUCGAUAACGUCCGCGGAUCUGCCGUCCAUCACCGCCUCCCUACCGACCACCAAUGCCUCGAUCGACAGCGAGGAGCCGCCGACUAUGGGCAGCGAAGACCCGGAGACUACGGCUCUCGCCAAGCGCCAGUUCGUCAUUAGGGAGCUCGUCGAGACGGAGCGCGACUACGUUAAUGACUUACGACAAAUCGUCGAGGGCUACAUGGCCCUCAUGAGGGAUCCCGGCACGGACAUUCCCUUGCCGGAUGAUCUCAAGGGCGGCAAGGACAAGAUGGUCUUUGGAAACAUCGAGGCCAUGUAUGAGUGGCACAGAGAUUGCUUCCUCAAGUCUUUGGAACACUGCCUUGAACGACCCGAAGAGCUUGGCCCGCUUUUUAAGCGGUACGAGAGGAAGUUGCACAUGUAUGUCGUUUAUUGUCAGAAUAAGCCCGUUUCCGAGUACAUAGUUUCUGAAUAUAUCGACACUUACUUCGAGGAACUUAGACAAAAAUUGGGCCACCGGCUACAAUUGUGCGAUCUUCUCAUAAAACCAGUGCAGAGGAUCACCAAGUAUCAGCUACUGUUACGCGAGGCCCUGAGAUUGACGGAACGCACGCAGAGACUCUCGGAAAUCGAGGGCCUCAGAGCUGCUGCGCACGUAAUGCGAGUCAUACCCAAAGCGGCCAACGACAUGAUGGACGUCGGCAGGUUGCAGGGUUUCGAUGGAAAAAUAACUGCGCAAGGUAAACUCUUACUUCAUGGACCAUUAAUGGUUGCUGAGCUUUCGUCGCUGCCAAGUCGAGGAAGAGAAUGGCAAGUGUUCCUCUUUGAACAAAAUAUUAUCUUCAGUGAAGCUGUCGGUAAAAAGACACAAUUUACAAAUCCCGCCUACAUAUACAAGGCUCAUAUUCAGGUGAACAAAAUGAGUCUGGAGGACUCAGUCGACGAUCCGGAAAAGUUCAUUAUCCGCUCGACGGAUCCACGUAAGCCUGGUCUAGGUUUCAUGUGUUAUUGUUGUCCUGUUACGAGUGAUGAAAUCGUUACGGGAAGCAUCGGUGGCUCUGGGAGUACUUCGGGCAGCGCACUACGACGCCAAGAGUGGGUUGACACCAUCACCUCUAUACUACAGACCCAGCGCGAUUUCCUCAAGGCAAUACAGUCACCAAUCGCCUACCAAAAGGAACUUACCAAAGAUCCACUUCGCGGCUCGACGCCGGAACCGUCCUCGUCGUCCUCCCGCUCGCUUCUGCCAAUCAUCAGCAAGGAUCGCCAGGACUCGGCGACGAGCAGCGCCGGGAGCACACCGACGAGGAAAAGCCAGCCGAUACAUCGCUCGCGCACCGGCGGACCCCUGGACGGAGGUGACAUCGACGCGCCCAGGACCCCUAGUCCCACUAAGAGCAAGCUCAAUUUCCUCGAGGGAUUCCGAAAUACGCUGCGUGCUCGCUCCCCAGUGCGCAUCGGCUCCGUACCGGUCGCACCGGGUGCCAGGGUGAGACUCGCGGCGGACUGGGGCGCGCUGAGAGUCGGCGACGAGCUCGUAGUCAGAAGGCUCGAAGGCAAUGGCCUCGUCGUCACCCACGCGGACAACGCCAAGCAGGAGCAUUGGAUACCGGCGAGCCUCAUUCCCAACUCCUCGGUGAGUCGCGCCUGGUCCUUCAGACCGCGGAAGCUCAACGCCGACAGAAUCGUCCCCAAUGAGGUAGCUGGCAACGGAGGCAGUAGCAAGAAUCUCGCGCCGCCCUGCAUUUCCAGCGCCCCAACCCCCAUCAAGGCCAACUCCGGGGAAGUUGCCAGGCUCGCGGUCCAAGUCUCACAGACGGAGGCUGCCGUGGUUGUUUGGAGAAGGGAAGGACAGGAUAAGGAUAUUCAGGAAAACGAGAGGUACAGAUUGCGCCAGAGCGCCGGAUUCUUCUAUUUGGAAAUUACGAGAUGCAGACCCGCUGAUUCAGGAGCGUACUGUUGCAGUAUUCAAUGUGAAAAUGGCUCGUGUUCAGCUAGAAUUUACUUAUCUGUCAGUGGUGGUACGGGAACGACGUGGGCGCGCGUCCUGGACUCGACGCGUAUCGAGGUCGACUGGGAGGGCAAAGAGAUCGGCAGAUGCGAGGUCGAGUACCGGUCGAUGCCCUCGACCAACUGGACGACGGCCCUCGAAGACAUCGAGAGCCCACCAGUGGUGCUGGAUCUGUUACCGGGCGCGAGCUACAGCUUCCGUGUCGUCGGCAAGAACGGCAGCCUCACCUCGGCAUCGCCCGUUGUCAAUCUGCCGCUUGGCGACGGGACCGCCUGGGAGGCCGAGCAGUUCGUCGCCAGGUACUUGGAGCUCGACGAGAUCGGCAAGGGGAGAUUCGCAGUUGUGCGACGCGCAAGAGACCGAGGAACUGGCCAGGAAGUAGCCCUGAAGCAAACUCCUCGGCAAAAGCAAUCGAGAUCGUUAACGCGCGCCGAAUACGACUUAUUGGCGUCGACGCAUCACGGCAACAUCGUGAGGGCAUUUGCACUCUUUGAGAAUGCACCGCAGCUUGGAGUGGACACCAUUGUAUUGGAGCUAGUACGAGGUCCGACGCUGUUUUGCUACUUGAGCAAAAAGACCGAGUAUACGGAAAGUAUGGCCAGCAAAUUUGCAAAUCAACUGCUCUCCGGCCUGCAGUGGCUGCACCGUCGCGACAAGGCUCACCUUGACCUUAAGCCGGAGAACGUCCUUGUCGACCAGGAUACGGGUAUCGUCAAGCUCAUCGACCUGGGCGAGGCGGUGCGUGGACCCGUCGACGAAGUCGUACCCCCGGCGGACCUCGAGUUCGCUGCACCCGAGUCGGUCCUCGGCAGACCGGCCGGACCCUACACCGACAUGUGGGCCGCUGGCGUUUUUAUUUAUGUAUUACUCAGCGGACUUUCUCCCUUCUUGGAUGAUUCGGUCGAAGAGACCACGACGAAUAUUCUGAAAUGUGAUUUUUGUUUUCCCGACGAAUAUUUCGAGACUAUAUCAAACGAGGCUAAAGAUCUACUCAGCAGGCUACUUUGCUUGAGGAGCGAGGAUCGAGCGAGUGCCGAAUUUUCCUUGACAUCGUCGUGGUUUAAGGUUUCUAAAGGUGCUACUAUACCCUCGACGAGAAUGGCAGCGUUCACGGAGCGACGAGCGCACUGUUCUAAAUCACAUCGAGAUCAUCGCAACAGCUUCUAUACUUAACAUACUUUUAGCCAAUUAUCAAAUGCGACAUAUUGAUUAUUUUAUGUGUAAAUACAAAACGUAUUUAAAUUUUGUAAAUCGCUCUGUUAAUU